AUGAUCAAGUCAUUGUUCGUAUCAACUACAAAGAAUGUCAUCAAUGGCACAUUGAGAUCGAAUAACAUGGUUGGAGUUAGAUCAUAUGCUUCAGUGGCUGGUGUUGUGGAUAAGUUCAGUUGGGAAGACCCACUUAACUUGGAUCAUUGCUUGACAGAUGAGGAGAGAAUGAUUCGCGAGCAGGUAAACACAUUCUGUCAGGAGAAGUUGAUGCCAAGAGUACAGAUGGCCUACAGAGACGAGCACUUUGAUCGUGCUAUUAUGAGCGAGUAUGGCUCAAUGGGUAUGCUGGGCGCCACCAUCCCCGAGUACGGCGGUGUAUCGCACGUCGCCUACGGUCUGAUGGCCAACGCUGUCGAGAAGGUGGACAGUGGCUACCGCUCGGCGAUGAGUGUGCAGUCCUCGCUGGUCAUGCAUCCCAUCUUCACAUUCGGCUCCGACAAGCAGAAGCAAAAGUACUUGGACAAGCUGGCCUCGGGUGAGAUGGUCGGCUGCUUUGGUCUCACUGAGCCAAACGCUGGCUCGGACCCCGCCGGCAUGCAGACUCGCGCCAAGAAGGUCGCCGGUCAGGGCAAGUACAUCAUCAACGGCACCAAGACCUGGAUCACCAACUCACCAAUCGCCGACGUCUUUGUCGUGUGGGCCAAGGAUGACAAUGGAGACAUUCGUGGAUUCGUGCUGGAGAAGGGCAUGAAGGGCCUGUCGGCACCAAAGCUCGAGGGCAAGCUGUCACUGCGUGCAUCCAUCACUGGUAUGAUCGUCAUGGAGGAUGUCGAGGUGCCAGAGGAGGCCAUGUUCACCACCGUCAAGGGACUCAAGGGACCCUUCUCCUGUCUGAACAAGGCUCGUUACGGUAUUGGCUGGGGCUCAUUGGGCGCUGCCGAGUUCUGCUACGCCACCGCUCGCCAGUACGGCCUGGAUCGCAAGCAGUUUGGCAAGCCACUGGCCGCCAACCAGCUGUACCAGAAAAAGCUGGCCGACAUGGCCACCGAGAUCUCGCUCGGACUGCAGGCCUGUCACCAGGUUGGUCGUCUGAUCGACAGUGGACGCGCCACACCAGAGCGCAUCUCGCUUAUCAAGAGAAACAGCUGUGGCAAGUCCCUGGACAUUGCUCGUCAAUCAAGAGACAUGCUUGGUGGCAACGGUAUUGCCGAUGAGUAUCAUGUCAUUCGUCAUGCCGCCAACCUCGAGACCGUUAACACCUACGAAGGAACACAUGAUAUCCAUGCUCUGAUUCUGGGCAGAGCCAUCACUGGUAUCGCAGCUUUC